AUGGCCAAGGUUUGGAGGUUACCUAGUAUUGAUAAUCUGAUAAACAGUGGGGAGGAGUGGCUGCUUAUUGCCUUAUCUUCAUUAAGUGAUAUUGAGCGAUGCAUGAUGCUUAUGACCUUUUGGCGGAGCUGGUUUGUCCGAAAUCAGAUUACACAUCAAAAACCAGCUCCACCACUUGAAGUUUCGGUUCGGUUCCUGCAAAGCUACCUGGAGUCGCUGGUGGCGAUCAAACUGAAUUCCAACAUGGACCCGAUCAAGGGCAAAGAUGCUCUGGAAGCGGAGUUAUGUGCAUGCAUGGAGGGGCUUUCGAUUUCUAUUCAGAGGUCAAAUCUUCCUAUUGUUGUUGAGAUGGAUUUGUCGGAGGUGGUGGCCAUGAUCAACUGUGUUGGCAAGGAUCGAUCGGUCUAUACUGCUCUUAUUGAUGAGAUAAGAUAUCUUCCGCCACCUCCUGCCCGCGUGCAGUCCCGCUCCGUCCUCGCCUCGCGGCUCCCCUCCCAUAACCCUACCCCCUCCUCUCCUCUGCGCCGCCGCUGUCGUCGCCAGUCCUCCUCCCCUCACACCGCGCCCGCACGGCCCUCGAGGCGCUGCGCCAGAUCCAAUCCGACCACGCCGCCGUGCGACGCGGCGGCGAGUGGGCGCCCGCCCUCCCCGUCCGUGAGCUCGUCCCCGGGGACGUCAUGCAGUGAGUGGGCGAGAGCAGGUGAAGUGAAGGCUCGAAGUAGGCAAGCGGUCGUGACUCGAUGGGGUGCGAGGCGGAGGCGGAGGAGCACGUCUCCGGUCUCCCCGAUUCCGUUCCGGUGGUGGCGUGAGGGGACCCGCCGACUGGCCGAGCGGGGCAGCAGGCGACGACGACGACCAAGGGAGAAGCCGAGCGGGGCAACAUGCAAUGACGAAGACCAAGGGAGAAGGGGAACGGCGCUGCGGCAUCCGGAAGGCACCCCCGUCAAGCUAGCGCACCACAUCGCGCUCCAGUGGAUGGGAGGAGCCAGGUGCCGUCGAGGGGAGGAGCCAGGCGGAGCGCGCCUUCUCCACUGGUUGCGCUCUGGGCGACACCAACAGCUCGCUCCAUUGGCUCGAUACGGCGCUCCUGCAGUAGAUCAACGAGGAGGGCGCCACCACCAUCGUUAUCAAGCCGGCCCGCAUCCACGCGCUGCACCAGGCUUUUUCUUCGCCUCUACUUCCAGCAACCACACCGGCCACAGGUGUGUUGUUCGUAUACUGGUUACUGAGAAUGGAUUGACGGGGGGGGGGGGGGGGGUCUUAUUCUGGCCAACGUCCUUCGGUCAGCCACAUCCCAGGUAUGCCAUCCCUCUUGCUUUGGAUAGACCUUAUAAUUUUGUUGCAUGA